UCUCCUUCUGCUGGACGGCUUCCUUCUCGUACGUAACCUUUUCCUUCGCCAAACGUUUAACAACACCGGUUUUAAUCUUCAGGGUUCGCUGUCGAGGAUCAGACAUCUUUCCAAUCCCCAAAAACACUCGGUCUCCGUUAUUAUUAAUUCGCUGGACACUCUCGAUAACGAGAAUGAAGUAACCGUCGAGAUAAUAACACCGUAUAUGGUUAAAAUAAAUUCAAGAUCAACGUGAAGUUGCCGCGGCUGCAUAUUUCCUGCAUUCUGCGGUGCAACGUGAGUGAGACAGAAGCUGCAGAGAACGAGGAUAAGACGAUAAGAAAUAGAACGACACAAACAAAAGGUGAAAUUCACAAUAAAUCGUCUCUAGUCGUCGAAAAAAUCAUUUGAUUUGACAUGUGCAAGUGACAAACCCAAUCAACAAUUAAAAAUGCAAGAGGACGUCUUCCCUGCGGCUGAAAAAAUCCUCUCGGACAUUGAAAAUGUGCUCCGAAAGGACGUGAAUCUCGAAAGUUUCGAGAUAAUCCCCUCCCCAGACUCUGAGAACCGUUCUCCUGUAUACCACGACGAGAACUCACUGGGUCUGGCCUCCUGGUGCGUCCAGCCGCUUUACACGUACGCCUACACCCGUUUAAUAGACCUCCGCCUCAAUGAGCUCCGCCGUGAGGACCCGUCGACCGUCUCCAGAUGGUUGAUGGGUGCCCUCCUGCUGAACCCCGACGUCUCGACCUUCUGGAAUAUGCGUCGGGAGCUCGUGAAGAGCGGUCGUCUGGACCCCCUGGAGGAGCUUCGUUUCACCAGAGCCGUCCUCUACUACAAGCCAAAGUGCUUUGAGGCCUUCUCCUACCGCCGCUGGCUGGUGAAGUUCACACUCGUCGAGCAGCAACACCCGAAUGUCGACGUGGAGUCCCUCCUCAGGACCGAGAUGACUGUCUCAGGAACAUCAGCUGAUCGUUACGCCAAUAACUAUCACGCCUGGAGUCAUCGGGAGCAGAUGAUAUUAACUUACGAAGCACUCUGUCCUUCUAGUUUAGGUUCUCUGUUGAUUUCCGAGUGGGAGGCCGCGGGGAAGUGGUGCAGCUGUCACGUAUCGGAUCAUUCUGGCCUGUCCUACCGUCAGUUCCUUCUUAAACGACUGCUACUCCUGGAAAGACAGUCUGCUGAGUCAAGACUUGCAGUCGUUCCUGAGGAAUUGGCCAGGCGCAGGGACAUCAUUCUGGAUUUCGUCAAGGCUGCCAAAGGCUCGGAGGAGGUCUUCUUGAUGUACGAUGGAGGUUCUGCGGAGGUCUUGGAGGUCCUUCACAGCUGCCGCAGGGGGAGAAGAAAUGGGGUUGACUACGAUCGGGUCUUGAUGGGGUUGUCCUACUGGAUCGAGGACUGCAAGCUCAAUGAAGAGUUGAUUGAAGCGUUCCCCGGACACGAGGCGCUCUGGUAUCACCGGAGGUUCCUCGCUUUUGCCCUGAGGAGAAUCUGUCUGGGGUUCUUGAAGGAUUCGUGUUAUGGGGUGGACUGCUUCGAGCCGAGGGAUUCCAUCAGGCUGGAGGGGGACGGCGGUGGCGGCAGGAAGUGUCUCCUGGAGGUGGCCUUCGAGAAAAGGAACGAGGGGAUUGUCCAGAGGGCGAGGAAGCAGUGCCAGGGGGAUGUCGCGGAGAAGUUUAUGAAGUUCCUGGCGGGUACUGGACUCAGGCUGGAACCUUAAGGGGGAGAGAGUUGGAGAGGAAAUGUAUUUUUAAAUAAAAGUUCUUAGAAAAGAUGAUGGAUUUGGGUUUAUUUGAGAGCUAUUCGAGGAUUAUGGAGGGAGGGGGAGUUUCGGAGAAUUCAUAAAGAAGUUCUCGAUAAAUAGAGAUGGUCUUUGUGUUGUUCAUUAAUUUUUGCAGUUUUUAUUAGUGAUGCCGCGAGAGACUUUACGAGACAUCAC